GUGUGUGUGUGUGAGCGUUGACGGACCAGCAGAGCAUCACGACGAACAUCAAAGCUACUAGACAAAAGCAAUUCAUUCUUAUAUGUUCUCUGUUCUUAGGGCUGUGUAAGGUUAUAAUGGCAGUGGUCUGAAAGAGAGAGAGAGGGAGAGAGAGAGAGAGGGAAAAGGGAGGGAAGGAGGCACAGAUGAGGAUAGCGAGAGACACCGUAUACAGAGCAGCGGAUAAGACGAUGAUGAGAGACGCGCAGUGAAGGUGAAAGGACGAAUAAAACACGAGGGAUUGUGGACAAACAAAGACGACAGCACAUGUCGAGGGAACAGGAGUCCAGAUCCACUGCGGACUGUGAGCGGAGACUGUGUGAAUGGGAAAGACUGUAGAUCAGCUGGCUUUACGGAGACAGAAGUGCAGGGGAUGAUUGGGCUGCAUGGGCUCUGCUGUUGGCAUCGCUGCUGCUGUCCUAAACCGCUACGCUCUAGUCCCAUUGAUCGCACACAGAUAUGAGCUCCAAACACUCGUCUGACUGGAUCCCUUACAGCACAUUGGAUGAUGAGGGCACGAAUCUGCGGCAACAGAAGCUGGACAGACAGCGAGCUCUACUGGAACAGAAGCAGAAGAAGAAGCGCCAGGAGCCCCUGAUGGUGCAAUCUAAUCUGGACGGCCGCUCUCGAGUGCGCAGGACCCGGCAGUCAGAGGAACAGGCUCCCCUCGUGGAGAGCUACCUCAGCGGAAACAGCAGCACCAUCUACCACGUACAAGAAGCGGAACAGGAAGAAGUUAAAGCCGUAGCAGAGGUUCAGGCUCCUCGCUCGGCUAAAAAAUCCAAGCCGCCUACCUCCACUCCUCAGACUGGCAGCGCCAAGAAGGAGAAAAAGGGCAAGCACAAAGGAAUUGAUGGGCCCGCUGCCUUCCAGGAUGAGGGUCAGGAGCUGGGCAACCAGAUUCAGAUCCUGACCGUGGGCCACUCACCCGCCCAGGAGAGCGAGGCAGAGGGCCAGGGGGAGGCAGUGGGCAGCACACACUCACAGGGCAAACAGGACCUUCGGGUCACCAUGCUGAAGAAAGGAAUCUCAAGUAGCAUGAACUUCGAUGAAGAGGAGGACGAAGAUGAUUUGGUCAGCUCAAGCUCAUCUCAGCUCAACAGCAACACAAGACCUGGCUCUGCCACCAGCAAAAAGUCCAGCAAGGAGGCGACAUCAGCUUCCACCCCGUUGGCCAAUGAGCCAUCCAUUGACGUAGAUGACCUGGAAGAGUUCACUCUCAGACCCGCCCCACAAGGAGUGACUGUCAAAUGCAGGAUCACGCGGGAUAAGAAGGGCAUGGACCGGGGCAUGUACCCCACCUACUACCUCCAUCUGGAGAGAGAGGACGGCAAGAAGGUUUUCCUUUUAGCCGGGAGGAAGAGAAAGAAGAGCAAAACAUCCAAUUACCUCAUCUCCAUCGACCCAACUGACCUAUCACGAGGCGGAGAGAGCUUUAUUGGCAAACUGAGAUCAAACCUUAUGGGUACCAAGUUUACUGUGUACGACAGCGGCAUGAACCCAGUCAAGACCACGUCCAGUCUAGAAGCAGGGAAUCUCCGUCAGGAGCUGGCAGCGAUCUGUUACGAAACUAAUGUUUUAGGAUUCAAGGGGCCUCGAAAGAUGAGUGUCAUUAUUCCCGGAAUGAACAUGGACCAUGAAAGAGUCUCAAUCAGGCCUCGAAACGAACACGAGUCUCUGCUGGCUCGAUGGCAGAACAAAAGCACAGAGAGUGUGAUAGAGCUGCACAACAAGACGCCGGUGUGGAACGAUGACACUCAGUCGUAUGUGCUCAACUUCCAUGGCAGAGUCACACAAGCAUCCGUCAAAAACUUUCAGAUCAUUCAUGACAAUGACCCGGAUUACAUUGUGAUGCAGUUUGGUCGUGUCGCAGAGGAUGUCUUCACAAUGGACUACAACUACCCUAUGUGUGCCCUGCAGGCGUUUGCUAUUGCUCUGUCCAGCUUUGACAGUAAGCUAGCCUGUGAGUAGCCAUCUUUCUCUGCCCGCCUCAGCCACGAAAGGACCCGGCCAGACCGCUUUACAAUCCCCCAAUAAAGGGCUGCGCUGAACUGCAAGGCAGUAGGGUCCCGCUCUCAACAUCCUCUUUUGGAGGCCUGAAUGCGUAUAGAGUUCGUCUUUGUGUGAAUAUGUGCGAGCGAGGUGGCGUUUCUGCUUUUUGAAAAGGAAAAGGGGAUCACGGUUGGGGGAAAGCACAAAGACUUCGCAGUUCAAAUGCAUUCAUUUGAAUCGAUCACCUAGUCGCUUCUUUACUUAUCCGACAAGGUAAAACUAACAUUUUGCUAAUGUUCAAAAGAAGGAUCUUUUUACGGUAGUACUUGUGUCCCUUAAAUUAAUUUUGCCAUGGUCAUAAUUCUAAAAGAAUUAACAUUCACUAACCGUUCAACUCAUACUGUAGCUGUGAUUUAUAACAGCUUGGAUAUUUGAUUUAAUGAACUUUUGUAAAAUGACUGUCAUAUGUGACAUUUCUUCAGUUGUACAUGUCCCUUGUGUCAUGCAACAUCAAUUAGAUUUGUGACAUAACAGUUUAUGCUUCAGAAGGACUCCAAAGCCAGUAUGACAGUCUGACAUAUUUAUCCACUAUUUAUGUAUUUAUAGAUUUUCAUGCCAUCUGCUGCUUGUGUUUUACCCCAUGCCCAUAAUUAACUGUGCUUCAAGCUCAAAUCUUGACUGGGGCACCUUUGAGCUUUUGGUGUGGAUUAAUUUCACUUCAACUGAUGAAUGUGUGACUGUCUCAUGACGCAAAGGUGGUCAUCAUCAGUCCAUGUUUUUCACACUUACAUUUUUAAGGGAACAUGAGGUACAAAAAAGCUUUUAUAUCAUUAUAUUGAGGUUCACGCCAUGGGCCUCGUUUAUAAAACAUGCGUAGGAACAGAUUUGAUGUGGAACAAUGCUGAGCAGACCCUCACACAUUCAAUCAUGGCAGAGUCUGAGUAUUUGGGAACCUGAGCAUUUUUUGCCACUUACAGAAAUUUCACAUGGAACACAUAUGAAACCACAUGAAACACACAUGUAACGAGUAUGAAACACAUGAAUCAUUUGGAUUUGUAACGUCUUUUAAUAAAAAAAUGAGUGAAAAAUUGUACAAAACCAAACGUUAUAAGCAUUUCGUUCUUGUCCCAUCCCGCCCUCCUACCUUCCCCCUGAACAAAUACUGCAAAAAUCAUACAAAACCAAACGUUUUAUGCAUUUCAUUCUUGUCCCCUUCCCCCCCAUAAAUAAUGCAAAAAUGUCACAAAAGCAAACUUUUUAUGCAUUUCGUAUAGUUUUUUUUCUUCCAAAUACUGUAAAAAUGUUAUAAAACCAAAUGUUUUAUGCGUUUUGUAUUAUUUCCCCCCCAAAUACUGUAAAAAAUGUUUCAAAAUCUAACAUUUUAUGCUUUUCAUAUUAUUCCCCCCCAAAUGCAGUAAAAAUGUUGCGAAACCAAAUGUUUUAUGCGUUUCGUAUUAUCCCCCCAAAUACUGCAAAAAAUGUUACUAAAGCAAACGUUUUGUGCAUUUUGUAGUUUUUUUUUGUUCAAAAUACUGUAAAACUGUUACAAAACCAAAUUUUUUAUGCGUUUCGUACUAUUUUUACCCCAAAUACUGUAAAAGUGUUUCAAAAACAAACAUUUUAUGCAAUUUAUAUUAUUCCUGACCAACCCAAGCCCCCCCAAUGCUGUAAAAAUGUUACAAAACUAAACAUUUGAUGCAUUAUGUAUUAUUCCCCCCCCCCCCCAAA